GACGGAAUCACGCCUCGCGAGGCUGAGAUCCGGAAGUCGGAACCUAGCCGUACAAGCGCAUGUCCUCCGUCCUGGUAGUUGUGCUACCCUCUCCUCUGUGAUCCCCGCCGGAAGUGUAGGAAAAAAGUGGGCAUAUUUGGAAUUACCCAUUUUCAAGCUGGACUGAUACAUCGUGAUGAAGCACAGACACAAAAAUAAAAAGCCAAGUAAAGGUUCCAAAGGCUGUAAGAAGCCUAUAAAGCAAAAUGGAAAGAAAGCAACUUCCAAAGUGCCCUCCGCUCCCCAGUUUGUUCAUUGCAAUGAUCAUGCCAGCCGGGAGGCAGAAUUAAAGAAGAAGAGGGUUGAGGAGAUGAGGGAGAAGCAGCAGGCUGCCCGGGAGCAAGAGAGAGACAGACGCAGGACCAUUGAGAGCUACUGUCAGGAUGUCCUGAGACGCCAGGAGGAGUUUGAGCGCAAGGAGGAGGUUUUGCAGGAAUUAAAUAUGUUUCCUCAGCUGGAUGAUGAGGCUACAAGGAAGGCUUAUUACAAGGAGUUCCGUAAGGUAGUACAAUACUCUGAUGUGAUUCUGGAAGUCCUGGAUGCCAGAGACCCAUUGGGCUGUCGGUGUUUCCAAAUGGAGGAGGCUGUUUUGCGGGCAGAGGGCAACAAGAAGCUGGUCCUGGUCUUGAACAAGAUUGAUCUGGUUCCUAAGGAGAUUGUGGAGAAGUGGUUGGAUUACCUUCGUAAUGAGCUGCCAACUGUGGCUUUUAAGGCCAGCACCCAACAUCAGGUCAAAAACCUGAAUCGGUGUAAUGUGCCAGUGGAUCAAGCCCCUGAAUCGCUGCUAAAAAGCAAAGCUUGCUUUGGAGCUGAAAAUCUCAUGAGGGUUCUGGGAAACUAUUGCCGCCUGGGUGAAGUACGCACCCACAUCCGUGUGGGUGUUGUGGGCCUUCCCAAUGUUGGGAAGAGCAGCCUGAUCAAUAGCCUGAAGCGCAGCCGUGCAUGCAGUGUGGGAGCCGUUCCUGGGGUUACCAAAUUCAUGCAGGAGGUCUACCUAGACAAGUUCAUCAGGCUGCUGGAUGCUCCAGGCAUUGUCCCAGGACCCAACUCCGAGGUGGGCACUAUUUUGCGUAACUGCAUCCAUGUGCAGAAGCUGGCAGAUCCUGUGACCCCAGUGGAGACUAUUUUACAGCGCUGCAACCUGGAAGAGAUUUCCAACUACUAUGGAGUUUCUGGGUUCCAGACCACUGAGCACUUUCUGACUGCAGUGGCCCACCGCUUGGGAAAGAAGAAGAAGGGAGGCUUAUACAGUCAGGAGCAGGCUGCUAAAGCUGUCCUAGCUGACUGGGUGAGUGGAAAGAUCAGUUUCUAUACACCACCACCACCCACCCACACUCUACCAGCUCACCUGAGUGCUGAGAUUGUUAAGGAAAUGACUGAGGUCUUUGACAUUGAAGAUACUGAGCAGGCCAAUGAAGACACCAUGGAAUGCUUGGCCACCGGAGAAUCAGAUGAGCUGUUGGGCGACACAGACCCGCUCGAAAUGGAGAUUAAGUGGCUUCAUUCUCCGAUGGUGAAAAUAGCAGAUGCCAUUGAAAAUAAAACCACCGUAUAUAAGAUUGGAGACCUCACUGGGUAUUGCACCAAUCCAAACCGCCAUCAGAUGGGGUGGGCUAAACGCAAUGUGGACUACCCCCGUCCCAAGAACAACAGUGUGGUGGAUGUCAGCCCAGUGGACCGCCGUCCGAUGCUGCAGAGGAUCAUGGAGACAGAUCCUUUGCAACAGGGUCAGGCUUUGGCAUCUGCCUUGAAAAAUAAGAAGAAGAUGCAGAAGCGUACAGAUAAAAUCGCCAGCAAGCUGUCUGAUUCCAUGAUGUCUGUUCUCGACCUCUCCGGCAAUGGUGAUGACAGUGCUGGUGACUGAUCAGCUGAUCCCACUCCCCUCCCCCUCCAAGCACUGGUUCCUAUAGGAUGGGGGAGUACAAAUGGAGUUUGGUUCUCUCGGAAGUACCUAUAUAUAUAUCUAUAUAUUAAAAAAAAAAAAAAAAAAAAAAACUUCCCAUGCUGUGUGUCCCCUCCCAAUACUGUUCCCUCCAUUCUCUCUAGAGAGGUUGCAGUUGCCAAAUCCAGUGAACUUUACUUAAUCCCUGCUGUGUUUUAUAAGAGAAAAUAUCAGCAGAGCCCAGGUGCUAACAAUUUAUCCCUCACUCUUAAUCCCAGGAUCCCACCCCGUAGGUUGAGCUGAUAUUAAGGAUGACCUCCCACAAGCCCUCUUAGACCGCUGAAUGUACAAAUAAAGGCUAGACUGUUAGUAGACCUAGAGCCCCUGCAGGGAAGAUGAUUUCUUUACCAUUCAAUGAGAGGUAUCACCACCAAGGUAUCCCUAUAAUGGGCUUCUGGCCAUGCAUCUUUCUUCCAAGUUCAUAGGUCCUCACUUGGGUGGCAGUGGGGACAUGGGAAUAGUGAUGAGCCUUUUUAUAUCUGUGCAAGGGUCUGGAGAUAGGAUAAAGGGAAGAAGAAAACAAAUAAGCCUGGCUGGUAUUAAAGUGUGUUAGAGACUAUAUUGUAGGAGGAGAAAACAAGGUACCUGUUGGUAGGGCAGCUGGGUGCUUUAGGGACAAAUCCCAUCUUGGCAUAUGUGAGAAUUUGGAGAAAUUCCGUUAACUGAAGUGCUCUGGCUGAUCCUUGCCCUUGUAUGACCUUAUCCAGCAUCAGCAUUUGAAUUCCACAAUUCUGGAGAGUUCUGAUACCAGUUAUUUAGAGUGUGUCCUUGAGAGAGUUGCUGUAUUUGGGACUGCACCAGCUAUCUCCUUUCCCAGUGGCUGGAAGCUACCCAUUAAAAUAUAAUUAACUAUCACCUCUUGGAGGGCCUACCCUAUCAGACAAGGGCAUCAGGCCCAAGCACUACUAGGGGCCUAGCUUAGUCAGCUUGCUGUCACUAUUGUAAAAUACUUGAGAUAUCAGUUUAUAAUGAGAAAAUGCUUAUUUUGACUUAAAGUUUUAAAAGUUCCAGUCCAUGAUUGAUUGGCUCUGUUGCUUUGGCUUUCUGGUGAGAUAGCAUAGAUAAGCUGGUACAUGUGGUGACCAAAACCUUUCAUCUUAUGGCCAGGAAGCAAAAAAAAGGAAAAAAAGUGGGAGUGCCUGAAGUCCCACAAUCCCUUUCAAUAUCCCAAUGAUUUAAGGAUCUCCCACCAGGCCCCACCUCCUAGAAGUUUUACUUUACCCUGAGAUCAAGUCUUUUAACAUAUGGGCCUUUGGGAUACAUUUAGGAUCCAAGUUAUAACAGACUCUUGUAAAGGGUCUAGGAUAGAAGAUUACAACUGAAACGAUCUCAUUUUACUAGGAAUUUUUGUUUCUUGUACAGAAUUUCAGUUCCUAGCCAUUUAUCCAGAGUUGAUAUAUUUGUAAGGAGUGGGCAUUACAUUACUUCAGUCUUUGCUACCUACACUAAACUUCCAUACCAUUCUUUGACCAUGAAUAUAUACCCUUUAGUCUUGCUCUUGCCUCUGCCUCUCAGGCUGGCACCCAAAGUUUACCUAACCAGAUCCUGAAUCAGGUGACACAGGAGAAAGCUACUGACUAUAGGCUCUUCUGUCUGGAAAGUGCGGACUUCUACUGUAUUCAGGCACAGCCAAAGGAAGGAGGUAGUUACUAAUUGUGCACAAACUGCAACAAGCUCUGGAAAUCUGUUAAACCUCCUUAAUUCUCAGUAUGGCUAUACUGGUAUGGGAUUAAUAUCAUAAGAAAAAUAAAUAGGCUCAGAAAGUUGACAGGUUAUGCCCAAGACAACAUUAACUGGUGGUGCCAAGUGUGAUUAAAACCCUAUGCAGGCCCUUUCCUCUGCAUUAUACUGCCUUCUUAACAAAAGUACAUUAAUUAAGCACCUACUGUGUGCCAGUCUCUGUUAUCAAGUCCUUAAAAUGCAUUUUCUUAUUU